CAGAAAAUACGUCACAAGGACGCACCCAGUAGGUUUGUUUUCAUACACGUGUGAAGAGUUUGUCAGUCCCUGAAAGGUCAUGGCCAAGAAUAAACAAAAAGGUAAAAAAACGAAGAAUGUCUUCCAGGUGGCAAACAAACAGACGAAACACAAGAACAAAGCAAAACCUGUCACCACUACCCUUAAACAUAUCAAUGCUGUGAAAAAUGAAAAGGUGGAGAGCCUCAAUCAGAUAUUCACAGAGGUACAGAGGGAUGUCAAAAGUGUAUCAAAAUGUACUGCCAAGGUGCCCACAAAGCCAACACAGGUGGUCCGGAAGGCUCCACGGGAAUCUGUAAAUGUGGACGGUGCCACUCAACUGUUCUCUCAGCUGUAGAAAAUGGAGGAAUGUCACUAACACAGACUGCUGGAGCUCAUCAUUGUUUCCUGGAUGUUGUCAUUGCAACCUUGAGCGAACUUGUCAGUUUGACUUAUUUUAGUCUUGUAUGUUGUGCAGAUACAGACUUUAUAAGUAGAUCUGGUCAUGAAUAUGGGGUCUGCACUUGUUUUAUAAGAUUUGAAUGAGUUAGGAUGAGGAUUCCAUAUCGUUUUAAAUGCAGUGCUUGGGGGCGGGGGGAUAAAGGUGUAGAAAUGUAUAAGAUAUGUAAUCACAUUUUGUCUGGAUGUUAAAAAAGUAUUUCCAAAAGGCUAAUAAUUUAUUGAAUAGAAUGCCCAAUAAUGACAGUUAUUUAAUUCAUUAGUUUUUACAUGCUAAAUGCUGUAUUGUGCUUAUCUCAGUAAACUUGCCAGUAAAUGCCAGUGUGUUGCUGGUAGAGACAGUUUUAUUUAUUCUGU